GUCAAAACCAGUCACGUGAUGUGUCAGUGCCGCAGCUCAAAUGUGUUUAUUUACUUCUCGUGGGACGUAAUUUACAGUUUUUCAACAUAAAACGGGAUUUGACCAAAUGAUGGAGGUUGAAACUGCCAGACCAUACUUCUUUGGAGACAUAGGCUGCUGGUCGGAGAGGACCGAGGUGCACAAAGCGGCCUCCGAGGGACAUGCUGCCCAGCUGCAGCAACUCAUCCAGAGCGGUGCCUCCGUCAACAUAGUGGCUGUGGACUCUAUCACCCCCCUCCAUGAGGCAUGUGAAAGGGGGCAGACCCAGUGUGUCAGGCUGCUACUGGAUGCUGGAGCACAGGUGGAUGCCCGUAACACGGACGGUAGCACGCCUCUGUGUGAGGCCUGCUCGGUCGGGAGCUUUGACUGUGUGCGGAUGCUGCUGGAGCAUGGGGCCAAGGUGAACCCCACCCUCUCUUCCCGGACCACCUCACCCCUACACGAAGCCUGCAUGGGGGGUAAUGCUGACGUUGUGAAGAUCAUGAUCGCUAAAGGUGCCAGUCUGGAGGCAUAUGACCUGUACUAUGGGACCCCACUGCAUGUGGCGUGUGCCAACGACCACACAGACUGUGUCAAGGCACUACUCAACGCAGGUGCCAAAGUGAAUUAUGCUCGGCUGCACAAGACGGCUCUGCACCAUGCUGCUAAAGUGAAGAGUGUUGACAUGAUCGACAUGCUGGUGGAGUUUGGGGCGAACAUCUACGCCAAAGACAAAAACGAUAAGAAGCCCAUUGACUACAUGGAUCCUGGUUCUCCCGCUGCACUCUGCUUAGAGUUUUAUGAAAGUACUCCAUUGAGUCUGCAGCAGCUGAGCAGAGUGACCCUAAGGACGAUGCUGGGUAUCAGAGCUCUGGAGGUCGUAGUUCAACUGGACAUACCAAAGCAAAUCAUUAGUUUCCUCUGUUACCACUGACACCAUUAUCUUACUAAGGAGAAGGAAGGAAGCUCAGACAUUGAAACCUUUCUAUAAAACAUCACAAUUAUCAAAAUGCUACAGUCUGAACCUUAGAUGCCACUAGAUUAGAUGCAUAAAAAUAAUAUGCAUACAGCAAAGCACAGGUUUCCAAACGAACAGUAUUUUUAAGCAGAGCACUUUUUUCUUUUUCUUCAGAAUGUGUGCCAUAUUAACACAUUAGAUACAUAUUUAAAGAACAGAAGCAUAGGAGGUUUUAAUGGGGACUUUUUACAUGCAGUUUAUUCUUAGAACUCCCAUAUCUUGUAAACCUACAUGAAAGACAAAUGGAGGCCCUCGGGGAAAAUGAGGGGGAGAGGCGAAAAGAAAUGGAGGAGAGGCAGUGAUUUUGGCAGCUGAUCCUGUCCACUCUGCAAUACCAUCUGUGGACACUACACCAGCAUUUUAGUCGCCGUGACAAUGCGGCAGCAACACAUCCCAGAUCUCCGGUACAUCCUCAGGGAUGAGAAACGGUGUUGCAGCAGGAGGAUGAGCGGCGUUCCCGUUGACACUCUCCAGAUGUCACUGUGUUUCCCAGAUUCCUCCCUGACAUCGGAACGGAAACCACACCUGACAACUGGAUGUGUUUGAGGCGGACGUGGAAUCCAGGCAACAGAGAAACACCCUGGGAAACAAUCCUGCUUUUUUACUGUUCGCCUCUCUGAUCUGUUGCGUCCGCUAUAGCUGAGACGGCCCAGGCCUGAAUACGGUGUCUGUUUGAUGAGGGUGUAUGGAUUCCUCGGAGUUGUCUCUCUGGUCACUGUAUUGGUACUGUUAUUUGACAUAACCCAUCUCCAUAAUGGGAACAGAGGAAUAUGUCUAUUAUCAACAUGUCUAUGUAAGGCAAUGUGCAUUAAUCAAAAAAUGUGUUUCUAAAAGAUUAUGACCUAUUUAAUCUCUCCCCACUGGCCACGCUACCUCAUUUCAGUGUGGAUAAUUGGGUAAUAUUUGGUUGAGACGUUAAUGAGUUUACAACCUAUAUUAACCCACUCAAAUUAAAUUCCAAUAGAAAACGAUGUUGAUUUUUGGUUUAGUUGUCACCCAAAAUGUUAAUCACUGCACUUUCAACCAUUUUAAAGCACAGCUAAGCUCAAGUGGGAAUACAAUGUCAGUUAUUGAUAAAUCCCUGUGCUUAAUCUAAUAGCAGAAACAAAUGACCUGGAUGGCAGUUGAGAUUACAUUAAAAGUACAUGGGUGCAAGGAAUCAAUGCCGUUUUGAGAUUCUGUGCAGAUUAUUACAGCAGUUGUGGUGAUCUCCGCAGACCUGUGAUCUAUGCACGCUAUCUUGCACAUGCACCCUUUUAUAGUAACCUCACAUGCACCCUUUUAUAGUAACCUCACAUGCACCCUUUUAUAGUAACCUCAAAAUGUGGUCAUGUAUGUGUUACUCUUUUAUAAAUUUGAAUGUUACAUUCGUUUUUUUUAAGAUAGUCUAAACUCAAGGCUAUUUACUGUAUUGCAAAGUAAUAUUGUGUUUUGUUGACAACACAACCAAAUAUCAACAUUUUAAGGAGAUGUAUCUUCUGCUUGGAUAGGUCCAUCUGUGCCACUGGCUUAGUCUGGCUUAAAUUCAAUUUUUUCUACAAAUUAAUAAUUGUUAUGAUGGAUUCACGACUCCAUCUAACCGAAAACAAAUGUAUUUUCCAUAUAGAUUCCACGUCCAUGUUGACAAAUUGUUGAAACAACGUUUAUAGUACCAAGUACAGCGCAAGUGACAAUCCUCUCAGAUAAUCCAUCUGUUUAACCCAUUUUGGGAACGGUCAAGUUUUUGAAUGCACUCGAAAAGCAAAAUAUGCCCUCAAAAAGCUAUUUAAGUCCGUAUCAUCAAUAAGCUCAAGCAGCUUUCUCCCCCCUCAUUUAGCCUCCCUUCCAAAUCUGUGCUGAGACAGCAUGUCUGCUGGACUAUUGAGUCAAUUACAUGUCUGUGUCAAGUGUGAAGGUUGUUAGAUCAUCGCUUGCGGCAUUCGAUAGCUUUUUACCAGGACAGGAACCUAUUUGGAACUGUUUUCUGUGGAUGCAACGCGGCCUCGUCCAUUACCGUCUUAACCGUUCAGAACACAUCCAGAAAUAAGCUCAGGAGCAGAAAUAGCUGGAGCCCUCCCUGUUCACAUUGAGGGAACAAGGAUAAAUGCCCUCUUUUAAAAUAGCUUGUUAAAAUAACUGACCCCGGUUCAGAAGGGAUCUGCUACUGCUCAGUCUUAAAAUAGGCUGACCAUGUAGAUGAUGGUUUAAAUAGCAUUUUUCUCAGUCUUAAAAUAGGCUGACCAUGUAGAUGGUUUAAAUAGCAUUUUUCUCAGUCUUAAAAUAGGCUGACCAUGUAGAUGGUUUAAAUAGCAUUUUUCUCAGUCUUAACAUUCAGAUGGAGGAGACGAGAACAGGCAUGAGAAGAAUGUCCGGUUAUAAAACAUAUUUGAACAACAAAAAAAGUGCAAUUUGGGGAUUUUGGAUCAGCCUUUAAAGGAAUGAGACACCUGUUUCAAAGGCACGUUCUCUGGUUGUUCAGAUAAGGCAAAACCAGUCAAAGGUAUCUGCACAGGGAUUUCAAACAUCAGGUAUUUGGUGCUGUGCAGCUAACAGAGGUUAUCUUUCAAUCAAGCAAUGGAACAUCAAUGUAGACUGGAACUAGCAUGCUGCUUGCACACUUGAUACAGUAGAUUCAUGAAUCAGUAUUGGGUACUAAGAAUGCUACAAAUACCUAUUUCUUAUGAUACAUGUUUGUGCAACUGUUUAAAUCUGUCAGUCAAAUACUAUUGUAAAUAAUAUGUCCUCCACAGAAAUGUAUGUUGCUCUGUAUACUGUAAGACUGGCAUUGUGUGUUAAUGAACGGCAUUGUUGACAUGCU